UGAGCGUUCACUCUAAAAUAAACAAUCUCUGUGGAUUGUGGCGAAGCGUCGUCAAAAAUGGCGGAUGUUUCAGCCAAAAGACAACAGGACCUCGAGGCAACAAAUGAACUAUCGCAACGAACCAAGAAGGCGAAGUCGGACAGUGAAAAUGAUCGGGGAGAGAAUGGAAACGAAACAAAUGCCCUGUCUGGCUUUCAAAGCACCGCCGUGUUGAGUGAUUCUGCGAGGGAGAAAACCAUCUACGUCCAUGGGAAGCUUGCUGAUCAGAAUGCCGUGAUCAUCCUGGAGAAGACUCCCAUCAGGGAAGACGCCCUGGCUGAAAUCUUCACUGCUUCCACUCUGAAGUUACAGAUGAGGAAUGACAUCUACAGCACCUACUCUCUCCAUGCGCCACCACACCUCAAUGAGAUCAAGGCGACUGUGAUGUGUCCAGCUACUGAGAAGCAUGUGAAGAAAUACCAGCGUAAGGAAAGUUUCCUUGUGGAGGAAACGGCAGAGGACUACAAGUCCAUCACUCUGCCUUACAUACAGAAGCAGAGUUUCAGUGUGCAGUGGGUGUACAACAUAUUGGACAAGAAGGCAGAGUCUGAGCGGAUACUGUUUGAAGAUCCACACCCUAAGCUUGGUUUUGUCCUCCUUCCAGAUUUCAAAUGGGACCAGAAGCAGAUGGAUGAUUUGUACUUGAUGGCCAUCACACAUCAAAGAGACAUCAAGAGUCUGAGAGACCUGACGUCACAGCAUUUACCCCUGCUUGAAAACAUACUCCAGAAAGGACAGGAGGCCAUUCUGAAGCACUACAGCCUUCCAGCCAGUAAGAUGAGAAUCUACCUACACUACCAGCCGUCCUAUUACCACCUCCACGUCCACUUCACCAAGCUGGACUUUGAGGCGCCAGGCUGCCGUGUGGAGCGUGCACAUCUCCUCGCAGAUGUCAUUCAGAACCUCCAGUCUGACCCCAACUACUAUAAAACACGGAAUCUGUUCUUCCCUCUUCGGGCAGAUGACGGGCUGCUCAGUCAGUUUAAGGAAGCUGGGAGAUUGUAACGCUCUACCCGUUGAGGAUAAGACACUUUUUGUAUAUUCAGUAUUCCUUUUAACUAGUGGGACUCAAUUCAGACAUUUUUUUUUCAUCAAUUGUGAUUACAACUGCAAACACUUGUGUUUGAAAUUAAUUUUUCUAGCUGAAUCAGUGAAUAAAAAAAUAGUUGUCUUUUUAAUGUGUGUGUGUGUGUGUGUUUAACAUUCUUAGCUUAAAAGAAAACUGAUGCUGUUUGACACACAAGUUCAAGCUU